AUGAAGAGUGAAGAGAAGAAAAGAUUCCUGGAGAGAAGGGACAUCAGAGUCCAGGUGGAGAAGGGCGGAGUCACGCAGACUGUCAGAGGAGUCCUGAACAGGUCAGCUGGACGCUCUCACAGCGUGAGCAAGUUCAGAGGUCACCUGAGCCAGGCGGGACGGAGCCUGCUGGCGUUUUUGUUCGGGCUGCUGCUGGCGUCUCUGUAUGGACUCUUGGGUCUCCUCCUGCAGAACCAGCCGCUGUGGUUCUGUGUCAAAACCACGCUGGCAUUGGGCGGCCUGGCAGCCUUUGGUAUGGGCCUGUCAACUGGAGUCCGGGCCAGCGUCAUGGUGAUGCUGCCUUCACUGUGCUCAAGUCGUGGCAGGAACCUGGUUCUCCUCCUGUAUGUGUCGGUUCUGCUGUCUGGUCCGCUGGCCAACACCCUGGAGAACAGUGAGCGAGCAGCCUCCAGCCUGCUGUGUGGAGCUGAGCUGGCAGCCAAUCAAACGCAGGAGCUGAUGCAGCGAGCAGCCACGCCCCUUUUCUCUGCGUUGGAUGAAAUCAGAGCGAUCAGCAGGAAUGCUUACGCUGUCGCAGGACGAGUCCAAAACUUGAUCCACAGUCUGACAGACAGCGUUCGACAUGUUGCUCGCACUCUGAGGAACGUCCUGCACUUCCUGGUCGACAUCGGAGACGUCUGCAACUCCAAGCUGGGCUCCCCGUACAGGAAGUGUCGGUCGGUGUUUGCCGAGGCCCGCAGCGACUGCUCUGACCUGCUGGGCGACUUCGACUUCCUGUGUGACAUCGUGGACGCCUUCCUGCCGCUCUGCAGCAUCGCCCGCGCCGGUGAGCUGUUCUGCAUCAUUCCCUCCUACAUCGCAGAACACCUGAAGGAACGUCUGGCAGAUCCGACCAUCGCAGCAUUUCAGAAGCUGAAGCGGGAAUUUGAGUUCAACAUCACAGCGUCAGUGAACCUGGAAGUGGAUGCUAACAGCAGCCGCUCGCUGCAGCAGGUGUCUCAGGACAUCAUGAAGGAGCUUUCAGCAGAUCUGCGGGUGUUUGAGAAGCUGAGCGAGCCGCUGACCUACCUGAGCCUGGUGCUGCUCGCCUGGUCCUUCCUGAGGGCGGUGCAUUACAGACGUAGGUAUCUCCAUGACCUCAACUUUGAUAAUAAUUACAUCACGGCUCAGUUUGAAGAGCUCGACCGACAGGUGACCUCGAGGGGCGGGGCCUCAGUCCUGCCAAUCACAAGCAGAGAAGCCAAGAUCUACAUCACACCUCUGUCAUUCCAGCUGACCUACAGAGAGCGGCGUGCAGUGCUGGUGGGCGUGGUCUCUGUCCUCAGACACCUACUGAUUGGCUGCCUGCUGGUGGGGCUAGACUUCCUGUUGUUCUGGAUUCUGGACCAGAUAAGCCACCAGUUGAAAGGGGACAUUGUGGCCAGAGCCCCGGUGACGUUUGAGGUUCUGGUGAAUGGAUCAGGUUACGCUUCAGACAUCUACAGAGACCUGCUGGCUUCCUUCAAGGUCCUGCAAGGAGGAAACAUCACAGUGGUCAGCAGGAAGUGUCUGCUGCAGCCGUCAGAGCCCAACACCACGACGAGCUUCAUCCUCGGGUUUCUGCUGGGUCUGGCUCUGCUCGUCUCUCUCACCGGAGGAUUGAUGGGGCGCUGCAGAAGAAUCAUCUGUGCUUCAUUUCAUCCAGAGAGAGAACUGGAGAGAAUCCAGUUCCUCCACCAACAGAUCCUGGAUCAGAGGAGGUCAGUGGGCGAAGCUCUGAGGAGGUCGGUGUUCAGGAUCAGAGUCGAUCGAGGAGGAGUACGGAGUCGAAUUCAGACUCUGCUGACACGGUUACCUGGAGGAGCUCACCUGUCUCGCCUGCUGUCACCGCCUGUCACCUGUCUGUCCUGUGGUGAGCAGGUGAAGCCGGAUGAUGACAACACCAUCACCUGUGACGUCCCACAGUGUUCAGGUCUGUACUGUCGGCCAUGUUUCCUCAGUUUGGACAACACGUGUGUCGUCUGCACGCGACCUCUGACCUUCCAGAAAGAUGAGGAGGAGGAGCUAGACUCCUCUGACGAUGAACAGUUGUGUUCUGCUGCUCUGAACUUGACACACUCGAAUAGGAGGAUCUCCACGGCAACAUGCCGAACAAACAGCCCAGUCAACAGAACAGACGAAGACUCUGAGCUCAGUGAAGCAGACAUGACGUACCAGGACCGACCCGGCUCUGAGGAGUCAGACAGCGACGACUCCUUUUACUCUGCUGACUCACAAGAAACCUCCUUCCUCCAGGACCAAGCCCUCGCUGCAGUCCUGGUACACACACCUCAAAACCUCCAGGACUCUCCAGGCCCCUGA